AUGUCAUAAACACAACCACAAAAGCCUGAGAUAGAAGAGAUUAUUUGCCAAAUUCAUAAAAGAGAGAUAGUAGCUGUAGAUCUAGAUUUAUCAGAAAAAGGUAAUUUUUAAUAAAUGUGUUGCAUUUGCUUAGUUGAAAAAAUGAAUAAUAGCAAGAUAUCUACAAUUGAAUAGACAAAAAAGAGAAUUUAAUCCCUAAAGACAUAAAGAUAAGAAAAUAAGACUAAAUAGAUCCAAGUAAGGUUGGAUCAUUUCAAGACCAUACUAGAUUAAAUAAUGGAGUUUAAAUGUAGUAUUGAGAGUACACUAGAAAAAAUAUACAGCCAAAUAAAAGCUCGGAUAUUUACAAUUUAAAAAGAAAAAUAAUCUUAAUUCGAAAAUUUUGAAACAUAAUACAAUUUUUAAGAGGAAAUUAGAUAGUUGUCUGAAUUUCUUUCAAGUGAAAGUUAAGAAAACUAAUUAGAAUUUUAAUAGGAGAGUUAGUUUAUUGACGAAAUAGCUAAGCAAUUUGACCUUUUGUUUAAUGGCUCAGCAUAUUUCUAAACAAUUGACACUUUUAAGAAUGCUAAAUAGAAAAUUAAUGAAAUUAAUUAAAAUAACUAGAUUGAAUUAUCGUCACUUCACAAUUACAAUAAUUAAGUAAAAUUUUAUAACAUUUAAGAAAACACCUAGUUUAAAUAAACUUUGCCCUGCACAUAAUAAGGAAAUCAUUAUGAUUGACAUCGAUAGUGAAAAUAAAAAAAUAGAGGAUAGGUUUGUCUGCGUUGAUUGCAUAAGUGAUCAUCCGAAUUGCUAAUAUAGAACUAUUGAAAAAAUUAAUUAGUAAUGGAAUCAAACAAAGAAACAGCAAGACAGGAUAUUUUCUGAGUUAAAGGUUAAAAGGGUAAGAGAAAUAGAAAAAUCUGAAUUAAUAGACUGCAAUAAUGAGAAAAAAUUAUAAUUAAUAACUUAAUGAUAUUAGCGAAAAAUUAAUCACAGAAUUUUCUCUGCCAAUAAGCAAAGCGCUUGAGAUGAAUAAAUUUAAAUAAAUAUCUCUACAACAAGUAGGUAAUGACGAAUUACUUUCAAAUAUUAAUUAAAUGAUUCUAAAUGACAAAGAAAAUUUGAUCUAAGAUUCUUAAAUUGAGUAUUUGAAAUCCAAAGAUGCAUUGUUUUAAAAAGAGAUUGAAAGCAGAUUAGAGCAUUUAAAAUAACAUGAUUAAUUAGAUAUUCAAGUCACAAUAAAUAUUAUGCAGGAUAAAUAAAGUAUUCAAAAAAGAUUUAUUUUUAGAUGACAACUAAAUCUAAGGGAUUGUUUAAUUAUAGAAUCAAUAACAAUUCCUAUUCAAAACUAAGAACCUUUUCAAUUCACAGUUAGUUAGUUGAUUCUAAAAAUAUUGCAAAUUAAGGCAAUUAGUUUAAAAGAUAGUAAGAAAUUUAGGAGAGUGCAAAAGCAAAUUAAGGGUUAUUAAUUUUCAAGCAAGAUUUAGAUGAGCUCGUAAAUUCUUCAAAAUAUAUUUACUCUUAAAAAAGUGUAUUGAAUGAAUCUGUUCAGAAAUUUUAAGAUCACCUUACUAAAAUACAAAGAUUGGGUUCUAAAAUAUAAUAAACCUCAGAUAAUUUGCCUCUGACUAAUUUAUAAAAGUAAACUAUCGAUUAUAAGAAUAAGUUUGAAAACGAUUUUAAAUAGUUUAUAAAAUUUUGUGAAAUAGAGAAACUGGAGAAUUAUUUCUAAACUCUAUAAAAAGACUAUGAAAAAUUAUAACUAGAGAGUAUUAAUAGUUUUCAAUUUAUUAGGAAACCAAUAUUUGGAGUCCAUCGAGAA